GCAAUGGAGGUGAUGAAUUCGAUUAGGGAAUUCUACUCACGACAUGAACUAGAAGAUUUUGUCAUUGAUGUCAACAAAAAUGAAAUCAAGUGUCAUCGCUUCAUUCUUGCAUCAUGCUCUGAAUUUUUCAGUGGACUUUUCCGGUCAGGGAUGAAGGAAGUGACGGAUGGCCGUGCCACUUUACAUGGUAUUUCUUGUGAAACAUUCAAGCUAAUCCUAGAGGCCCUGUAUACUGGAAUAGACGUCGUAACUGAAGAUAAUGCUAUUGCCAUCUGGCAUGCCUCAAAUCAGUUACAGAUUUACUUCAUGAUAAGAUUAUGUGAAAAUAUGGUAGUUAAGAUGUUGUCAUUGGACAAUUUUGAAGAAGUCUACAAAGCCGCUAAGCUCAUUGAUUCAAAAUAUGUUCUAGGAUUCAUCAAAACUUUCAUUUUGGAACAUUUCAUUCUGUUAAGAAAGAUGAACACAUUUCUUGAACUUUCGUAUGAUGAACUUUUGGCUUUGAUAAGUAAUGACAAGCUUGUGGUAGAAUCUGAAGAUCAAGUCUUGGAAUCAAUUAUGGAAUGGAUAGAAUACCCUGACAUUGAAAAG